UGGUGAAUGCGUGUGGGUGCGCGAGCCACAUAAGAACGAUUAAGUUAGCUAUGUUUUAGCUCGCAUUCGCUCAGGCUAUCUAUCCUUAUUUGUUCAAGUUACAUAGACCUUAAAGUUGAGCUAAAAUAGUUCAUAAUGAAUAUUGUUCGUCGGUUUAUGGCCUACGUUGUACAGACACAAGGGCGACACAUUAGCGUUGAUACCUUUGCCCGCACCAGAAAUGAAAUCUUUGAUAAGGUUCGUGAGAUUCGAGCAAAUGCUGACAAGAUAGAACCAUCGAAGCUGUUCGUUGUGCAGCUCGUAAAGUCUUCGGCGUUACGUCCCUAUUGGGAGAAAGAUAUUGUCCGCAUUUUAGGCCUUGAAGAGAGCAAACAUGAAAAGAAAAUGAACAUGCGAAAGGGGGUCGGGACGUACGUUGUAGUAAAAAACACUCCACAGAUGUGUAGAAUGCUUUGGCGAGUCAAACAUCUUGUUCGAGUUAAGCCGGUUACAUUUCCCGACGGCUUACCAACACCCGGCGUAUACACAAAUUCUUACCUAAACCACUCGGGUGAAUUUAGAAAACAUUCAAACUUUGAAGUUGAUCCAGAGAGAUUAGUGGUAAACAAGAAAUUCGAGCGAGUUAAAUUGGAAGGUAGAGAGAUUGCCAAACCCAUGCAUCUGAGAUGGAUGAACAGUAUCUCAUAAUGGUCACUCAAUUUGAUUUAGCAGUGGUGAUCUUUGAUAAUCAGCGUUAGCUGUUUCUAUAUAAUAUGCAAUUCAUCGCGAAGGAAUAAAAAGUUUGUUCAGUUUUA